AUGGGCCAAACUUCCCCUCCUCCAGAGGGGGUGUUCUCCCUGCUGGACACUGAUCUCUAUAAGCUGACGAUGCAAUGUGCCAUCCUUAAAUAUUUUCCGAGCGCCUAUGUUACAUACUCCUUCACCAACAGAACGCCGGACAUGAAAUUCACUAGACGGUCAUAUAACUGGUUGCUAGAGCAAAUAGCUAGACUGGAAAAUAUCAAAUUGACAGAAGAAGAGCUGGAGUUCUUACAGAAGCGUUGUUCAUAUCUUAGCCCCGCAUAUCUUAAAUACCUAUCAGAAUUCCGUCUGAAACCUUCCGAGCAGCUGGAGGUAUCGUUCAUUCCAAUUGACGACACUGGAUCUAAGGAUGACAUGGGAGAUGUCAAAAUAGCAAUCAAGGGCCUAUGGAUCGAAACUAUAUUGUAUGAGAUCCCUCUUCUUGCAUUGACGAGCGAAACAUACUUCAAGUUUUGUGAUCGUGACUGGGAUUACCAUCAACAAGAAGAGAAGGCUUUCCGAAAGGGAUGCGCACUUCUUGAAAAUGGAUGCAUAUUUUCUGAAUUUGGAACUCGGAGACGCAGAGACUAUCACACCCAGAAUUUGGUGAUGGAAGGGCUUACCAGAGCAGUGAAGAAAGGAGCGGAAGAAGGGUUUAAGGGGAAACUUGCAGGCACCAGUAAUGUCCAUUUCGCUAUGAAAUAUGGCAUCGACCCUGUGGGUACCGUUGCCCAUGAGUGGUAUAUGGGAAUAGCUGCUAUCACGGACAACUAUGAGAAUGCCAAUGAGAUUGCACUGAGAUACUGGUUAGGGUGUUUCGGUGAAGGGGUUCUGGGUAUUGCCCUUACGGAUACUUUUGGAACCCCUACGUUCCUUGAGGCAUUCAGAAAGCCAGUGCCAGAGCUUACAUCUGCCGCCGAAGGCCCUGAGGCUACGAUGCCUUCUUCAGGAAAUACUACUUCCGAGACUGACUCCCUUACAUCAACUGUUCCCCCUAUCCAGAAACCCCUUGAAAGCACGGCGAGAAACACCACCGCUAAAACCUACGCCCAGGUUUUCACAGGAGUGAGACAAGACUCCGGCGACCCCGUUUACUUCCUGAAGAUGGUAAAGGACUUUUAUGAAAAGGAAGGUAUCAAGGAUAAGAAAACGGUCGUGUUCUCUGAUUCCCUGAAUAUCGAACUUUGUCUGGAGUAUAAAGUUAUUGCAGAAGAAUCUGGCUUCCAGCCCACAUUCGGAGUUGGUACAUUUUUCACAAAUGAUUUCAAUCGAACUUCGAACGGAAAGAAAUCCGUUCCUCUCAAUAUCGUUAUCAAAGUCUCCAGUGCCGGAGGGCGGCCAGCAGUCAAACUGAGUGAUAACCUGGGCAAGAAUACUGGUGAUCCGAAAACCGUGGUCGAGGUUAAGAAGCGACUUGGCUAUGUAGAGCACGACUGGGAGAAUGGAGACGAGACGAGACGGUGGGGUAAGAAAGAGGAUUGA